AUAUCAUCUGUCCUGUCAGUGUUACGGUUUUUUGUAUCGCCUGUAUCACUUCCCAUACUUAACGUUUCGAUUUUCGCGAGCUGUCGCGUUAGUUUGGUAAAUUUUCCCAGAAAAUGUAUCAUAAUAUAAACAGCUUAUUCAUCGAGUAAUCUGUCCAGCAGUCAGUGGUAUAGUUGCUUUUUCUUUGGCAGCAAGUUCAGCUGAAGUGGCAAUACUACACAUCACUGGCGAACCUACGAAGAAAACCAAAAAAACUAAGUUUUAGUUGUACAUUUAGUAUAUACACCGAUCAGAGAACGGCCUAAAAAUGCUUCCACUGACACACAAAGAUUCUCGGGGUUUUACCUACAAAGUACGGGAAAAGUUCAACAGCCUUUCGCGGCUUAUUUUAUCGGACCGAAAUUCUAGGAACUUGUUUCUGUUCUUGUUGUUGAACUUAAGCUUUGCCUUCGUGGAACUCAUGUACGGAAUUUGGACCAACAGUUUGGGUCUGAUUUCGGAUUCAUUCCAUAUGUUCUUUGAUUGCACUGGACUGCUGGCCGGAUUGGCGGCUUCUGUCAUUACCAAAUGGAAAGCGAAUGACAAAUAUUCCUAUGGCUACGUUCGAGCGGAAGUAUUAGCUGGUUUUGUGAACAGCCUUUUUCUACUGUUCAUUGCAUUUUUCAUCAUGUCCGAAGCCGUUGAGCGAGCGAUAGAGCCACCGGAGGUUAAGCACGAGCGACUGUUUGUGGUGUCCGUUCUAGGACUGUUGGUGAAUCUGGUUGGAAUCUAUGCAUUUCAGCAUGGCGGUCAUGGGCAUUCGCAUGGUGGAGCAGGCCAUGGGCACAGUCACGGCGGUGGUGGUCAUGGACACUCGCAUAAUCACAGCGAUACGAAUCAUCUGUUGCCCAAACAUAAUCACCAUGGUCACAGCCACGGAGAUGACGACCAUCAUCACGGAGGUGGCGGUUCGACUUCAAUUGGCAUGGAGCAACCAAUUUCCUCCAAUAAUUCGCAGAUAAUGCGUGGCGUCUUUCUUCACAUCCUAGCCGAUACGCUGGGAUCGGUUGGAGUAAUCAUUUCUGCUGUAUUGAUGCAAUUGUUUGGCUGGAUGCGGGCAGAUCCUAUUUGCAGUAUGUUUAUCGCUCUGACGAUCGGCGUGAGCACACUGUCGUUGAUCAGAGAAUCGGUUAUGAUACUUAUGCAGCGACAGCCAGUCGCCUUGGAUAGACAGCUGUUACAGUGCUAUCAGAAGGUCACAGGAUUGGCAGGAGUCUAUAGUGUUCAAGAACCUCACUUCUGGACGCUCUGCAGCGAUGUGUAUGUCGGCGCCAUUAAACUGGAAGUAUCCAAAAACGUGGACCCACGGUACGUUGUGCAGCACACCCGCAUGAUCUUCGAAGCGAUCGGGGUGCGGCAAAUUUAUAUUCAACUCGACUAUGCGGCAAUGUGAUAAAAUGGGUCCGAGAAGUUGUAAAUGAGUAUUUUCCUCCGUUCUGCCUGCUAAGUGGGCUUGUUCAUCCCUUUUUGUUUUAUUAGAGGGAAAAAUUUCAUGAUUCCACUGUUGGUAUGUGUGCGUGUGUGUCAGAAAACCGGUUAGAAACCGAUCGACUGUUGAGAAUAGAAAAGAAACUGCAUUUUGACCUUAAACCUGAGUGAAGAACAAGCGUAACUACCGAGAACAUACUGUAAGUGAAUGAGACUCUUAAAUUUAUUUGGGUUGUCCUUUUUUAGAACACUGGGACAUUGUGACGUUCAGAUGUUCCGAAGUUAUUUAUGAACCACUAAAACAGAAUUGCAAAAGAAUUAAAAACAUAAUUUUAUACACUUUAUUUCAAUACAAACAUUGAAUGUCAGCCCUAA